AUGUGUUUAUUUUUUCUUCUUUAGUUUUUAUUUCUUCAAAAUGUGUUUUAAAUUUUGACUUGCGCUAAAAAAAAUUCUAUAAAAAAUUAAGUUUAAUCUAUACUAUACGGAAAUUAAAUUCUGAAUUCAUAAUUUUCUUAACCUUCACGUGAUUUUAUAUUUCAUUCAUAAACGGUUGGACUUUUUCUAAAAAAUUUUCAGUGUCAAGUUUAAUGUCGAGGAUAAAGGAUCAUAAAGAGGAAAAUUUAAUAAAAGUGAAUAUUAAAGUUUUAUAAAGUUCUUUUGAAGGAAAAUUUAUAACAUUCAUCAGGUGUUUUUAUUAUUGUGGUGGUCUAGUCAGAUUUAAAAGAACGACCUUGGCAAUGGCGGUUUUCUCAUGGGGUGCAAAUUCUCACGGUCAAUUAGGAUUAGGAUAUGAAAGUGAAUUAUGUAUGACACCACAAAAUCUUGACCAGAAAUCUCUACAAUUUAACCCGAAUAAUAUACGUUCAAUAAAAGGUGGUGGUGGUCAUAUUUUAGUUUUAGACAAUUUUGGUCAAGUAUUUUCAUGUGGCUGGAAUAAUCGUGGUCAAUUAGGUCUAGGAAAUUUACUUGAUACUAGUGAACAUUGUAAUAAAUUUACUCAAAUACCAAAUGAAUUUUUCAAUGAUAGUAAAGUACAUAAAAUUGCUUGUGGAUGGGAUAUAUCUGGAGUAAUUACAUUAGAAAAAAAUGUUUAUGUAUGGGGAUCGAAUUCAUUUCAACAGUUAGGAAUAUGUUCACGUAUGUCUUCAAUAACAAGACCAUUAAAAUUAACAUUGCCUCGAGAUGAUGAAAUACCAAAAAAAAUUACAUUUGGUUUAAGACAUUGUUGUAUAUUAACUGAGGAUAAUAAAAUUUAUAUAUAUGGACGUAUAAGAAUAUCAGAGCCAUAUGCACCAGGAUUAAAUAUUUCACGUAUUCCAUUUAAUAAAACUGAAAUUAUAAAAGUUCAAACUGAAAUGAAAAUUAAUUCUAUAGCAAGCGGACAAAAUCAUGUUAUAAUUACUGUUGAAAAUCGUACUAGAAUUAUUGGUCUAGGUGAUAAUAAAUAUGGUCAGAUUAACAGUUUUGAUUUUGAUAAUCGUAUUAAAUUGGCUACAUGUGGUUGGACACAUAACGCUAUUUUGACGAAUAAUAACGAGAUUUUUCUUUGGGGCAGAAACACUUAUGGACAAAUUGGUAGCAAUAACUCGUUAAAAGAAGCAUAUCAUACACCAAAUAAAUUAAAUAUUCCGGAUGAAUUUGGUGUUCCAGAAAAAUUAUAUUUAGGGUCUGAACAUGGGUUAAUUGUUACUUCAUUAGGAAAAGUUUUAACGUGGGGUUGGAAUGAACAUGGAAAUUGUGGCAAUGGUACCACUGAAAAUUUGUUGUCACCUACUUUUAUAGAAUUACCUUCACCUUGUAAGGUGGCAGGAACUGGUGCAGGUUUUUGUUUUGUUAUUUGUGAGGACAUAACAGACAUCAAAUAAGGUUCAAGGAAAAAAAAAAAGAGUGUAACAAAAGAAAAUUAAAAUUUCGAUUUUCUUGCUUAUUGUUAAAAGAAUAGUGCAAAAAAACCGGAAAAAUUCGUAGCAAAUUUAACACGCAUAAGAUUCAACAAAUUUCUAUAAAUCAAAGUUAACAUGCAAAACCAAAAGACUGUGAAAACGGAUGUUGACACAACACGUUUGUUUUUAAAUAUUACUGCUCAUUUUGUGUUUUCAUAUUUAUUUUUUUUUUUAAGUUUUUAUGCUGUUUUAAUAAAAAUUGUAAUUAAUUGCUAAAGUGAGAAAUAAAUAUUAAUGCCGCU